AUGGACAGCUAUUUCAACGAUAAUUUACCUAAAUGUGGACACAGAAGAAAGUACCUGAUUAACGCAGUGCCGAGAGAAAUUGCGUUUGCUCAUUCAAUGUUGAAGCAUUGUAUGCAGCAUUUUGUUGCUGCAAUGGAGAAGGAGUUGGAGGUAGAGCGCACUAAUGGAGACAUAUUGCCAUCGGCGUGUAAACAGCGGCUACAACAGUGGCCAUGCUACGUAUUGGAUGCAUACAUAUGCAAGGCUCUCGCUAAGCUGUUACUGGACUAA